AUAGACGAGCCAAUAGAAAUUGAAGGCUAAAACGGGAGGAGGAAAGAAGACACAGACCAAAACGGAGUUGUGGUCAAAUCAACAGACAGACACUAUCAAGGUGGUCAAGAAUGCAAGAAAAUGACUUUUCCUUCUACAGAGAAUACCUCAAAGUUGUAUUUGAGUAGAUCAUUUUGACGUGUAUCUACGUUUACCUGCUCAUUCGUUGCCCUGGACCUGCUGAGGAAGACAAACGGCCGGCGCAGGGCCACCAGCAAGAGGAGACAACGAGCGGCGGCCAGGUCGAGCAGGAAGCUUGAGCAGCGACUCAGAGGCGUGAUGAGGACAGCGCGCAGGGCGAGCAACGUGGAGGUGCCCUCCUUCCUCCGCCAGCUGGUUAAGGAAACCGGGAAGAUGGUCACCUUCUUCUUCAAAGGCGGCUCGAGAGAGAAGGGGCUCGAGGAGGAGGAAGAGGACGACGACGACGGCAUGCCCAGCCCGUACCUGGAGCGGCCCAUUUUGGAGAAACACGUGUCCGAGGGGGGAUCCCAGUCUGGGGUGAACUACGCGGUGGCAAACAUGCAGGGCUGGAGGGCUCAGAUGGAAGAUGCGCACACGUGCAUGCCUCAAAUGAGAGGGGAGCUGAGCGAGUGGGCCUAUUAUGCUGUGUUUGACGGCCAUGCUGGGAGCACAGUGGCCCAGUACUGCUCCAGGAACCUGCUGGACCACAUCCUGGCUACAGGUGGGGUUAAAGCAAGCGAAGACCCAGAGCAGGUGAAGGACUGCAUCCGUGAGGGGUUCCUGGACAUCGACACCCACAUGCACAAACUGGCCCGCCAAGACAAUUGGGAUCGAAGCGGCACCACGGCGGCCGCCGUCAUGAUCUCCCCGCGCUACAUCUACUUUAUCAACUGCGGGGACUCGCGCACCCUCCUCUGCCACAACGGCCAGUUGGUCUUCUACACGGAAGACCACAAGCCCUUCAACCCCAGGGAGAGGGAGCGCAUCCAGAACGCCGGCGGCUCGGUGACCCUACAGCGCAUCAAUGGCUCGCUGGCCGUGUCCAGAGCCCUGGGAGACUUCGACUUUAAGGAGGUAGACUGGAGGCCACAGACCGAGCAGCUGGUGUCGCCCGAGCCUGAAGUGUACGAGUUGGAGAGGACGGCCCAGGACGAGUUUGUCAUCCUGGCCUGUGACGGCGUUUGGGACGCCAUCGGGAACGAGGAACUGUGCGCCUUUGUACGCAGCCGGCUGCAGGUGUGCAACGACCUGAGAGAAAUUUGUACGCAAGUCAUCGACCUCUGUCUCUACAAGGUAGGAAGAUAUGUUGCACAAACACACACAAACUACCUCAACUAAAAUACAUACAAUUAGGAGUGUCGCGAUACAACUUAAAACAUUUUUUUUGAUACAAUAUUGACAUUGGAGCCUUGAGUAUUGGCCAAUACGAACCGUACUACAUACUAGAGAUGUCCGAUAAUAUCGGACUGCCGAUAUUAUCGGCCGAUAAAUGCUUUAAAAUGUAAUAUCGGAAAUUAUCAGUAUCGGUUCCAAAAAGUAAAAUUUAUGACUUUUUAAAACGCCGCUGUACGGAGUGGUACACGGACGUAGGGAGAAGUACAGAGUGCCAAUAAACCUUAAAGGCACUGCCUUUGCGUGCCGGUCCAAUCACAUAAUAUCUAUGGCUUUUCACACACACAAGUGAAUGCAAGCAUACUUGGUCAACAGCCAUACAGGUCACACUGAGGGUGGCCGUAUAAACAACUUUAACAGUGUUACAAAUAUGCGACACACUGUGAACCCACACCAAACAAGAAUGUCAAACACAUUUCGGGAGAACAUCCGCACCGUAACACAACAUAAACACAACAGAACAAAUACCCAGAACCCCUUGCAGCACUAACUCUUCCAAGACGCUACAAUAUACACUCCCCGCUACUCGGAUGACAGGGGAUGCAAAACAAUAACAGUGCAAUACUUUUUCAUAACAUGGUCACUACUGCCUCGUUUCUCUUGUUAUAUUCUUAUUUUACUGUUAUAUUUUUAUUCUCAUUGUUGCUUUUUAAUUUUAUUCUAUUACAAUAUUUUUCUAUUUUGUUUCCAUUUAUACUUCCAUUAUUUACUUUUUAAAUUCGAUCUCAAUUUUGUACACUGCUGCUGGAAUUUUAAUUUUCCAGAGGGAACUCUCCUGAAGGAAUCAAUAAAGUACUAUCUAUCUAUCUGUCUAUCUAUCUAUCUAUCUACCACCCCAACUCAAACCCCCCCCCCCCCUACCCCACCCACCUCAACCUCCUCAU